CUAAUCCGUUGAAUGAGUGCCUCGCGCUCCGGAGCGUCCCCUUUUUGAAAGGAUAUCGUUGGGAAAACAAGGAUGCGCUUGGGCGGCCAGCGUGGAUUCACAAAGCGGAACAUCUCAAUUCACUCGCCUGGGAAAUAGGCUAGUUUAUGAGUAGACUGUGGUAGCCUUGUAUUCGAAAAAGUAAACUUUCCAGGGGAAAAGUACAAAGGGAAGUGAUUAGUGAACUACAGAGCUGACUAUCUGCAGCCUCAUAGAGCAGCUGCUGUUGAUGGCAUAAGUCGCCACGGAGACGCCUGAUCCCGCACGGUGCAGAGGUGUCGCCUUGUCCGAUCUCUGCGUCGUGGCCGUGUGACUCUGCGUCCGCCCCCUGUGCUCCACACCUCAGACCGGAACCAUGCCGGCCCUGUCCACCAACUCCGGAAACGACACAGGUCUGUUUGAGCUGCUGGCUACCCUCCCCUCACAGCUGGAGCCGCAUGUGGACAGCCAAGCAGACUGUGCCUUCCUUCAGGACAUGUUCGGGGAGAAGAGCCUCCAGGCACUGGUCAAGAUCCACGAAAAGCUACAGCGCUAUGAAGACCGGAGUCCCAGCCCAGUGCUGAUCAGUGCCGGGACCCUGGCCCAGGAUUUGGUGAAGGAGCUGCAGACCAAGCCCGUCGGCCCGGAGAUUCAGGAGUUGCUCGGGUUACUGGACAAACCCCAUGUCAAGAGCCUGCUGUCAGUCCAUGACACAGUGGCACAGAAGAGCUACGACCCUCAGCUGCCACCCAUGCCGGAUGACAUAGACGAGGAUGAGGACUCUGUAAAGAUCAUCCGGCUGGUGAAGAACAAGGAGCCUCUGGGGGCCACAAUAAAAAGGGAUGAGUGCACAGGAGCCAUUGUCGUAGCCCGGAUAAUGAGGGGCGGGGCAGCUGACAGAAGUGGUCUGAUCCACGUUGGGGAUGAGCUCAAGGAAGUCAACGGAAUUCCAGUGGACGACAAGAAGCCGGAGGAGAUCAUCCACAUUCUGGCUCAGUCCCAGGGGGCCAUCACUUUCAAAAUAAUCCCAGGCAUCAAGGAGGAUGCCCCAGACCGGCAGCCGAAGAUGUUCGUCAAAUCCCUCUUCGACUUUGACCCCAGUGAGGACAAAGCCAUCCCUUGCAAAGAGGCCGGCUUGGCAUUCAAGAAGGGAGAUGUUCUUCAGAUCAUGAGUCAAGAUGACGCCACCUGGUGGCAGGCCAGGCAUGAGGGCGAUGCCAACCCCCGUGCUGGCCUCAUCCCCUCCAAGCAAUUUCAGGAAAGGAGGUUUGCACUUUGCCGGCCGGGAGUCCUUGCCCAGCCCCAGAAGGUCUCCAACCGAAGAUCAUCGGAGGAAGUUGAAGAAGAGACUGACAACGGCAUCUAUGUAAGCGGAUUCCAAAUAGCCAGCCUUCGACGAAGCUUCCGCCUGAGCAGGAAGGACCGCAAGACCAACAAGUCUAUGUACGAGUGUAAAAAGAGUGACCAGUAUGACACGGCUGACGUACCCACCUACGAGGAAGUCACUACCUACUGUCGCCCACCCAGUGGCCGGCACAGGCUGGUAGUUCUUGUCGGUCCCACAGGGGUUGGUCUGAACGAGCUGAAGAGGAAACUGCUGAUCUCUGAUCCCCAGCACUUUGGUGUGACAGUGCCCCACACCACCCGUGUGAAGAGGAGCCAGGAGAGCGAAGGGGUGGAGUACCACUUCAUCUCCAAGCACCUGUUCGAGACCGACGUCCAGAACAACAAGUUCGUCGAACAUGGGGAGUACCGUGGGAACUACUAUGGGACAAGCCUGGACUCAGUGCGCUCGGUGCUGUCCAAGAACAAAGUCUGUCUGCUGGAUGUACAGCCGCACACGAUAAAGCACCUCCGGACGGCUGAGUUCAAACCCUACGUGGUGUUCGUGAAGCCGCCCACCGUUGAGCGCUUGAGGGAGACGCGGAGGAACGCCAAGGUCAUCUCUGGCAAGGACGACAAGUGUCUGGCGAAGCCGUUUUCGGAGGAAGACUUCUUGGAGAUGAUCAACACCUCCCGGGUGAUGGAGUCCCAGUACGGCUACCUCUUCGACAAAGUCAUAGUCAACGACGACCUGACAUCGGCAUUCAGUGACCUAAAGGGGGCGCUCAAGAAGCUGGAGACAGAAACACACUGGGUUCCUAUAAGCUGGACGCACUCCUGAAACAGACGGAAAUGUGGUGGGAAUGACAGGAGGAGGAACAGAGAGAGAGAGAGCGCUUGGUUAGAGACUGUCCCUCCGGUAGUUAGUGAGGUGUUCGAAGAUGAUGUAAUUUUCCACUUCUGCUCUGCUGCAGGAGGUCCCGCUUACCUUACUGCAGGUGUGGUGUGCUCACCGCGGUAUUACUUUGGUGAGAACCCCAGACGGUGCCCUGGGUUUGCAUAGACUGUGGCCGCAAGUCGCCCGCUCGGUGUGACUGCCAACCAGUGCUGUGCCAGAAAGAGCCUAGCGUGCUUUAAAUAGGGAUAUAUAGAUAUAUAUUUUUUUCGGUGUCAUUGGGAAGGUUUACAUGUACGUUUAAGUACAAUGCGCAGCUCUUGUAAGAGGUGUAUUUUAAAAAAAAAAAAAAAACCUCUUUGGUCAUGAAAUGUCACACGCUCCUCUGCUUUCAGCGGUACCGUUGCCGGUAAAGACUGUUGAGCUUUCAAACUUUCACGGGAUGCAGGUAUAAUUUUUAUUUAAGAUAAAUUAAUAUAUUUUAAUAUCCUCUGCUCUUUUGCGUACAUUUUUAUAUGCCCUUUUCUUGUUUGUGUUUGUUUUAAAUUGAGACAUGAUGGAUAGACGUGGUGUUAGCACCAGACAUGACAUUCAGGACUCUCCUGCACUCCAGGCACGGCGUGAUGAUCUUUAUUUUUUAUUUUUUUGGCCUCUCUGUGUGUCAUUUAGUUGCUAUUUUAAACUGUCCGACCUUCUCCUGAAGGUGCCCAACAUAACAGUUUGCCAUUAAAGCUACCAGACUUUGGCUCUCCGUUACAAGAAAUGUUCUCAAUCUUGUGUAAUUAGGGUGGAGUGUAGUCUCAUUUAUUCUCAUAAAAUGAGUCUAAAACGAGGAACCUAACAGGGACUUGUAAGCAUUUCCAGAUUUACAACCAAAAGGACUACAAAAUAGCCACUUCCAACUUAACAAGGUCCGUGUUUUUUAUUUAUAUAAAUAUAUAUAUAUAUAUAUAUAUAUAUAUAUAUAUAUAGGUUCUCGGGUAUUUGGGGUCUUUUUUUUUUUUUUAGUUCUUUUUUCUGUCGACUUUUUGUCUUUUUGUCAGCUUUCUCUGUCUUUCCUCCGGCUCACUCUCCGGCUCACUUCCCAAUGGCUAACUGUUCUUAGUGUGCUGAGGCGACACUAAGAAGGGUCCGUGUGACUGUAUGUGGUGUAUUUGUGCCUGAGAGGCUGAGUAUAUGUGUAGCUGUUCCUCGACUUAAGAUGGAAUCACUGGAACUGGAAGUGUGGCUCCGUGGAUGUUGCCAUCGCCUGGCAUCGGUAGAAAAUAUCGUAUGCUGUAUCACUUGCCCGGGAACAAAUCAAAAUUCAAAGUUUGACUACUUUACGUCAUCAUAAAGACGAAAUAUAAGUCGAACCAUCCUAAACCAAGGAACAUCUACAUGAAUUUUUGGUUUGUAUGUGGUGUAUGUGUACCUGAGUGGAGGCUGGGUAUAUGCAUGGAUGUAUGAGGUAUAAAUGCAUGGAAAUUUGUGGUGUAUGUGUACCUGAGAGGAGGCUGGGUAUGUGUGAGGUUGCAUGAGGAGUAAAUGCAUUAAUAUGUGUGGUGUAUGUGUACCUGAGAGGAGGCUGGGUAUAUGUGAGGUUGCAUGAGGUGUAAAUGCAUUAAUAUGUGUGGUGUAUGCGUACUUGAAAGGAGGCUGGGUAUAUGUGUGGAGGUCUGAUGUAUAUGUGUGUCUUGGACAAGGGGCACCGGCCAUGAAGCUUGCCUAUGGUGCCACAUGGUCUUCAACCGGCACUGACCACAUAACAUUCCACAUUGCCACUUACUACACUGGAGGCUGGCAUUGCAAGGUGGUUUGUUUUUACAGGAUUCCAGCUGAUGCUGUGUCCCUUUUACAUCUUCUCCUGCAUACUUUUCUCCGAGAGAAGCCAUCAAAUAAUUUUUGCAUUGUUUUAAGUUUUCCAAUGGUGCAGUAAAAAUUAAUAUUAUAUGAAGACUGUUAAUUGAAAUCAGAUUCACCUCCUGUGGAAACACAAAUUUCUUUUCUAUACAUUAAAUAUGUUAUACCUCA